UUUUUCCCUGUCUUUCUGUUUCAUUUUCUCUCUGUCGUUUUCCCUCUCUCCCUCUCGAUCUCAUUCUCUUCCUUCCCCCCCCAUCUCUGUUUCACUUAAUCUCUUCCUCUUUUUCCCUCCCUUUCUAUUAUUCUCUUUCUCUCUCUUUCGCUUUCUCUUUCUCCCUUUCUUUCUCUCUCUCUCUCUCUCUCUCCCUCUUGUUCUCUUUCUCUUCCCUUUUAUCACCCUCCCCCCACCUUUUCAUUUUCUCUCUCUUUUUUUGCAAUCCUGGAGCUCUCUCCAUAAUGGCAUAGUCUGCAUUCCACAUCUUCACGUGGGGGCAAUUAGGAACAGCCUAAAAAGAUUGCUGCCCCAGCCAGCGACCCAUGAUAGAACCAGGAAAGGGCUGUCGAUGAACUUCGGGUGGUGACUGCAGGAUGAUGUUGCGAAGGCUACUGGAGGCCCUCAGCGUGUUUCAGUGGGUUUUAACCUUCCUGCUGAUGGGUGUGUUCUGCAGCCUCCUGACUGCGUACCUCCUUCUCACUCGCUUUUGGCCCAUUGCGGCUCUCUACCUGGCUUGGCUAAUGAUCGACAACGAUACCCCUAAAAGAGGAGGUCGGAGGUCACAGUGGGUCAGGAGCUGGGCAAUGUGGAGAUACAUGCGUGACUACUUCCCCGUCUCGAUGGUGAAAAUGGCAGAGCUGGACCCCAAGAGGAACUAUGUUUUCGGCUCGCACCCGCAUGGCAUAAUGUGUGUCGGUGCCUUCUGUAACUUCUGCACAGAGGCAACUGGCUUUUCGAGAGUCUUCCCUGGCAUCACCCCUCAUCUGGCUACCCUGUCUGGACUCUUCUGCCUGCCCAUUCUCAGAGACUACCUGCUCAGCGGAGGUAGAAGCAACAAUCCAAGCUAACACCUCCCCUGCUCCUAGCUCUCGCUUCCCCCAGCCCCCCUCCGCCCAAGCAUCCACUCCCCCCCCCACCACUCAGGCUCAGUCGCAGCAGCGUGUACCGUCUACAAAGGGCACUGCAGCAAACUCGCCGAAGAUCCUUCGUCACGCAGGAUCCACUUCCAUCUCGAAGGACGGGGGGGG